AUGUCCACUCCAGACCCUCCCAUGGGAGGUACCCCUCGACCGGGUCCUUCCCCAGGCCCGGGGCCCUCUCCUGGGGCGAUGCUUGGCCCCAGCCCUGGUCCUUCUCCAGGGGGGUCCUCUCACAGCAUGAUGGGGCCCAGCUCAGGGCCUCCAUCCUCAGGUCACCCCCUGCCUCAGCCUGGGCCCUCUGGAUACUCCCAGGAGAACAUGCACCCUCUGCACAAAGUAAGGACACCUUGUGGAUUAAUGAGUGCUACUGUACCUAACCAGCUGGACACUUCAGAACCAAAGGCACAUUUACACAUUUUGUGGACAAUAAAGUAUUUUUUCUGUUGUGUUCUAUUCUAUUCCAUGCUACUUGAUCUGCCAUCUAUGUCAUCUGAUGUAUCUCCUCUUUGUAAAUACAGUACAUACACUUUGUUGAAACAAUUCCUUGCAACAAUGAAAACCUGUUUCAAUGUAGAUCUAUCUACAUUUGUUUGUAUCGAUGUCUCCCUCCCUGUAGCCACUGGAAGGUAUGGAGAGAACUGCCAUGGAGAGAACUGGUAUAGAGAGGACUGGUAUGGAAAGGUCUGCCAUGGAGAGAACUGGUAUGGAAAGGACUGGUAUGGAACGGACUGGUAUGCAUGAGAAAGGCAUGAGUGAGGAGUCCCGCUUUGCCCAGAUGAAGGGCAUGCCCAUGAGACAGGGAGGGCACAGUGGCAUGGGCCCUCCUCCCAGCCCCAUGGACCAACACUCUCAAGGUAGGUACACACACUCUCACCAAGGGGUCUGUUCAGGAGGGUGCACAGUUGAACAAUGUUCAGAUAGAACUGUAUAGAACCUAUAUUAUCUAUUAUGGUAGAAUUGGAAAUUGUGUCAGAUCUAUUCAUUUUUAUCUGUAAUGUUUCACCUCACUGAAUAUCCCCUUUUCUCUCUCUGUCUCUCUCUCUCUUUCCAUCUCCCUCUCUCCCCACCAGGCUACCACUCCCCACUCGGCGGCUCUGACCACUCCAGCCCCGUCCCUUCCAACGGGCCCCCCUCUGUCCCUCUACAACCCUCUAGCGCUGUCCCCGGGUCUGGCCUAAACCCCUCAGACACCUCCUCCAACCCGGACUCCCAAACCCUGGGGGCCCAGAACCAGCAGCAGAACCGGCCCGGUGGGCCCCAGCAAAGUGGCUCCGGACCUGGCCCUCAUGGUCCCAGCCCUGGUCCCACCACCCCUGGUGGCCCCGGAGGAGGCCCUACUCCUUUCAACCAGAACCAGCUUCACCAGCUGCGGGCCCAGAUCAUGGCCUAUAAGGCAUGUACAGUACAUGUAUAUUGAUGAUUUAAUGGUUGAAAGACGGAUAUGUGUAUAAGAUGAUACAUUAUAACUGAUAUAUAAUGUGUUAUGACUGCCUAUGGUUAUUUAUAAUGUCUCAAAACUCUCACUCAGCGGUCCACAAUGUUGUUUUUAAUAUGUAGCUAAUAUGCCUUGUCACCUGUUGUAUAAAUAUUGUGGAGUGACACUUUAUGUGCAUUUAAAUUGUAUUUUAAUUUUAUGACUAAAGGGUAGACAAGCAAGUCAAUGAACAUCAUUCACAUGUUACAAUAACAAACAUGAACAUAUUGGAUUGACACUUUAAUAAACUUUUCUCUCUAUAAGAUGCUGGCCAGGGGGCAACCACUACCAGACCACCUCCAGAUGGCUGUCCAGGGGAAGAGGCCCAUGGGGUGCAGCCCAGGGAUGCAGGGGCUGGGGCCGGGGCAGGGGGGACUGGGGCAGCCCAUGCCCAGCCUGGCUCCUGGAGGUCCUGGAGGUGUGGGGCCAGGGGGGCCAGGACAAGGACCAGGAGGAUCCAUGGGCCAGGGCUACAGCAGAGCUCAUGGUGAGGGAGGCAGAAUGAAGAGCAUUGGAUAUUGAUCUGUAUAAUUACAGUAACUAGUUGAAACAGGAAGAUUCAUCAGGAAAGCAUUGAUCAGUCAAAGCAUUGAUCAGUCAAAGCAUUGAUCACUCUGCUCCAGCCUCUCCAACCUAAUAUGUGUGUAUGUGUAUAUCGGGGGGUUGGAUAAAAAGCAGAAGACAAAUUUCCAUCACGAGUGGACUAAUAAAAUAUAUCUUAUCAGUCAAUUAAUCAGCAUCUACAGUGAGGGAAAAAAGUAUUUGAUCCCCUGCUGAUUUUGUACGUUUGCCCACUGACAAAGAAAUGAUCAGUCUAUAAUUUUAAUGGUAGGUUUAUUUGAACAGUGAGAGACAGAAUAACAACAAAAAAAUCCAGAAAAACACAUCAAAAAUGUUAUAAAUUGAUUUACAUUUUAAUGAGGGAAAUAAGUAUUUGACCCCCUCUCAAUCAGAAAGAUUUCUGGCUCCCAGGUGUCUUUUAUACAGGUAACGAGCUGAGAUUAGGAGCACACUCUUAAAGGGAGUGCUCCUAAUCUCAGUUUGUUACCUGUAUAAAAGACACCUGUCCACAGAAGCAAUCAAUCAAUCAGAUUCCAAACUCUCCACCAUGGCCAAGACCAAAGAGCUCUCCAAGGAUGUCAGGGACAAGAUUGUAGACCUACACAAGGCUGGAAUGGGCUACAAGAUCAUCGCCAAGCAGCUUGGUGAGAAGCUGACGACAGUUGGUGCGAUUAUUCGCAAAUGGAAGAAACACAAAAUAACUGUCAAUCUCCCUCGGCCUGGGGCUCCAUGCAAGAUCUCACCUCGUGGAGUUGCAAUGAUCAUGAGAACGGUGAGGAUUCAGCCCAGAACUACACGGGAGGAUCUUGUCAAUGAUCUCAAGGCAGCUGGGACCAUAGUCACCAAGAAAACAAUUGGUAACACACUACGCCGUGAAGGACUGAAAUCCUGCAGCGCCCGCAAGGUCCCCCUGCUCAAGAAAGCACAUAUACAGGGCCGUCUGAAGUUUGCCAAUGAACAUCUGAAUGAUUCAGAGGAGAACUGGGUGAAAGUGUUGUGGUCAGAUGAGACCAAAAUCGAGCUCUUUGGCAUCAACUCAACUCGCCGUGUUUGGAGGAGGAGGAAUGCUGCCUAUGACCCCAAGAACACCAUCCCCACCGUCAAACAUGGAGGUGGAAACAUUAUGCUUUGGGGGUGUUUUUCUGCUAAGGGGACAGGACAACUUCACUGCAUCAAAGGGACGAUGGACAGGGCGAUAUACCGUCAAAUCUUGGGUGAGAACCUCCUUCCCUCAGCCAGGGCAUUGAAAAUGGGUCGUGGAUGGGUAUUCCAGCAUGACAAUGACCCAAAACACACGGCCAAGGCAACAAAGGAGUGGCUCAAGAAGAAGCACAUUAAGGUCCUGGAGUGGCCUAGCCAGUCUCCAGACCUUAAUCCCAUAGAAAAUCUGUGGAGGGAGCUGAAGGUUCGAAACCUUAAUGACUUGGAGAAGAUCUGCAAACAGGAGUGGAAUAUAAUCCCUCCUGAGAUGUGUGCAAACCUGGUGGCCAACUACAAGAAACGUCUGACCUCUGUGAUUGCCAACAAGGGUUUUGCCACCAAGUACUAAGUCAUGUUUUGCAGAGGGGUCAAAUACUUAUUUCCCUCAUUAAAAUGCAUAUCAAUUUAUAACAUUUUUGACAUGCGUUUUUCUGGAUUUUUUUGUUGUUAUUCUGUCUCUCACUGUUCAAAUAAACCUACCAUUAAAAUUAUAGACUGAUCAUCUCUUUGUCAGUGGGCAAACGUACAAAAUCAGCAAGGGAUCAAAUACUUUUUUCCCUCACUGUAAAUGCUGUGAGAAGUAGCAAGCUUGUAUUGUUUUGAUCUGGUACAGUAGCUGGAUAUCUGUUUUCCAAUAGGUCUGAAAAGUAUGAAACAUUAGCCUUUCUCUGAAUAUACCACUGAUAUAAUGUUGUAGGGAUGAUGGGACCCAACAUGCCUCCACCAGGCCCCUCUGGUCCAACAGGCAUGCAGGGACAGAACCCCAACGGACCCCCCAAGUCCUGGUCUGAAGGUGAACAUAAUAACACCAGCGUUAUUAUCACUUUCUACUGAGGCGCAAUGAGUUCAAGUUUAUUAUCACUCACAUAGUAGGUAGGUACUUAGCAGUUAGUCACAUAGUAGGAACAGAUGUGAGAUCUUCAUUUGAUCUCUGUUUUGUUGCUGAGGAAAUACGAACUUUGAAAUUGUUGACUUGAUUUUCCCUAACGAAAAAUGUAUCAACACCUACAAAAAUGUCAGUUAAUUAUAAUCCACAUAAUAAUUCACAUUUCCUGUUGCUGCAGGAUUAUUUUCUUGCUGUAGAAAACUAAGAUCAUACAUUAUGAAAAAUGUAUGCACUCACUAACUGUAAGUCGCUCUGGAUAAGAGCAUCUGCUAAAUGACAAAACAAUUAAAAUACAUCUGUACUCACAUACAGUGGGGGAAAAAAGUAUUUAGUCAGCCACCAAUUGUGCAAGUUCUCCCACUUAAAAAGAUGAUAGAGGCCUGUAAUUUUCAUCAUAGGUACAUGUCAACUAUGACAGACAAAAUGAGAAUUUUUUUCUCCAGAAAAUCACAUUGUAGGAUUUUUUAUGAAUUUAUUUGCAAAUUAUGGUGGAAAAUAAGUAUUUGGUCAAUAACAAAAGUUUCUCAAUACUUUGUUAUAUACCCUUUGUUGGCAAUGACACAGGUCAAACGUUUUCUGUAUGUCUUCACAAGGUUUUCACACACUGUUGCUGGUAUUUUGGCCCAUUCCGCCAUGCAGAUCUCCUCUAGAGCAGUGAUGUUUUGGGGCUGUCGCUGGGCAACACAGACUUUCAACUCCCUCCAAAGAUUUUCUAUGGGGUUGAGAUCUGGAGACUGGCUAGGCCACUCCAGGACCUUGAAAUGCUUCUUACGAAGCCACUCCUUUGUUGCCCGGGCGGUGUGUUUGGGAUCAUUGUCAUGCUGAAAGACCCAGCCACGUUUCAUCUUCAAUGCCCUUGCUGAUGGAAGGAGGUUUUCACUCAAAAUCUCACGAUACAUGGCCCCAUUCAUUCUUUCCUUUACACGGAUCAGUCGUCCUGGUCCCUUUGCAGAAAAACAGCCCCAAAGCAUGAUGUUUCCACCCCCAUGCUUCACAGUAGGUAUGGUGUUCUUUGGAUGCAACUCAGCAUUCUUUGUCCUCCAAACACGACGAGUUGAGUUUUUACCAAAAAGUUAUAUUUUGGUUUCAUCUGACCAUAUGACAUUCUCCCAAUCCUCUUCUUGAUCAUCCAAAUGCACUCUAGUAAACUUCAGAUGGGCCUGGACAUGUACUGGCUUAAGCAGGGGGACACGUCUGGCACUGCAGGAUUUGAGUCCCUGGCGGCGUAGUGUGUUACUGAUGGUAGGCUUUGUUACUUUGGUCCCAGCUCUCUGCAGGUCAUUCACUAAGUCCCCCCGUGUGGUUCUGGGAUUUUUGCUCACCGUUCUUGUGAUCAUUUUGACCCCACGGGGUGAGAUCUUGCGUGGAGCCCCAGAUCGAGGGAGAUUAUCAGUGGUCUUGUAUGUCUUCCAUUUCCUAACAAUUGCUCCCACAGUUGAUUUCUUCAAACCAAGCUGCUUACCUAUUGCAGAUUCAGUCUUCCCAGCCUGGUGCAGGUCUACAAUUUUGUUUCUGGUGUCCUUUGACAGCUCUUUGGUCUUGGCCAUAGUGGAGUUUGGAGUGUGACUGUUUGAGGUUGUGGACAGGUGUCUUUUAUACUGAUAACAAGUUCAAACAGGUGCCAUUAAUACAGGUAACGAGUGGAGGACAGAGGAGCCUCUUAAAGAAGAAGUUACAGGUCUGUGAGAGCCAGAAAUCUUGCUUGUUUGUAGGUGACCAAAUACUUAUUUUCUACCAUCAUUUGCAAAUAAAUUCAUAAAAAAUCCUACAAUGUGAUUUUCUGGAUUUUUUUCCCUCAAUUUGUCUGUCAUAGUUGACGUGUACCUAUGAUGAAAAUUACAGGCCUCUCUCAUCUUUUUAAGUGGGAGAACUUGCACAAUUGGUGGCUGACUAAAUACUUUUUUCCCCCACUGUAGUAGUAACUCACAUAGCAGUUAGUCAACACAGAGUUAAUUGUUAAAACACUAAAAUGUAAUUCAUGAUGGUAUUUCAUGAUUUAGUCCUGUUCACAUCAAUAAAUUGAUUGAUUGAUUGACGGUUAGUUACCUUUGCCCUUUCUUUCCUUCCCCCAGGUCCGAUGGUGAACGCCGCCGCCCCCUCCAACGCCCCCCAGAAGUUGAUCCCUCCCCAGCCGACGGGCCGUCCCUCCCCUGCUCCACCCUCCAUACCCCCCGCAGCCUCCCCGGUCAUGCCCCCCCAGACCCAGUCCCCUGGGCAGCCGGUCCAGCCCCCGCCCAUGGUGCCCCACCAUGCCAAGCAGAACCGCAUCACCCCCAUCCAGAAACCCCACGGACUCGACCCGGUGGAAAUACUGCAGGAGAGGGAGUACAGGUAACCUACGAACCCUGACCCUUAAGCCCUGACCCUUAAGACCUGACCCCUGACCCCUAACCCUGUGGAAAAACUGCAGGAGAGGGAUUACAGGUAAUAUACUAACCCUGACCCUUAACCCCUGACCCCUAACCCGGUGGAGAUACUGCAGGAAAGGGAGUACAGGUACACAAUCAAUCAAAAUGUAUUUAUAAAGCCCUUUUUACAUCACAAAGUGUAGUAACCUGGCCUAGACCCGAAAGAACAAACAGCAGUAUAUCUAGCAUUCAUCAUACAUUAAUUGAAUAGAUAGGUACAUAGUUACAUAGUUAGUCCUACUAUAUAUACAUUUAUAAUAGCAGACUCAGUUCUCUACAGCACUAGUACUCUCUCUCUCUCCCUCUCUCUCUCUCUCUCUUCGUGCUCUCUCUCUCUCUCUCCUCUCGCUCUCUCUCUCGUCUCUCUCCUUCUCUCCCGCUCUCCUCUCCCUCUUUCACUCUUCCCCCCUCCUCUCCUCUCUCCCUCUCGGCUCGGUCUCGUCUCUCCUCUCUCUCUCCUCUCUCUCCUCUCCUCUCUUGCUCCCCAUCUCCUCUCUCUCUCCCUCACUCAUCUCUCUCCCUCUCUGCCUCUCCCCUCUCUUCUUCCCUCCGAUCUCUCUCUCGCAGCCGUCUCUCCGCUUCCGCCCCCCUUCGAUCGUCACCUCUCCCCUUCUGAUCUCUCUGUUGCUCGCUCCCUCUCUGUCUCUCUCUCUCUCUCCUCCUCGUCUCUCAUGCUCGUCUCUCAUCUCCUCUCCCUCAGGCUCGUCCUCCGUCUCUCUCUCGCUCGUCGUUGCAUCUCUCUCGCUGGGUUUCAUCUCUCGUCUCCUCCUCCUCUCUCGUCGCGACUCUGCCUCUCCUCCUGGGUCUUUCUCGCUGGCUCUCCUCUUCCUCUCCCCUACGGUCGCUGUCCGGGAGUCACUCUCUCUCUCUCUCUCUCUCUCUCUCUCUCGCGUCUCCUCUCUCACCUCGUGAGCCCGUGCAUCUCGCUCUCUCUCAGAGUCCCUCCUCCCUCUCUCUUCUCCCGCUCGAUCUCGCGUCGUCGGCGUCACGGACGCUCCUCUCUCUCUCUCUCUCUCUCUCGUCUCUCUCUCUCGUUCGGAGCUCUCGUCUCUCUUCGUCAUUCGGCAUCUCUCUGCCUCUCUCCUCUCUCUCCUCGUGCUGCCUCUCUCGCUCAGUCUAAGCUCUCGAGCUCUCGUCCUCUCCCCGCCUCCUCCUGGUGCUCUCGGUCCCGUCGCCUCGUCUCUCUGUCUCUCCUCUCGCCUCUCUCUCACACCUCGAAGCUCUCGAGUAUGUCGCCUCUCUCUCUCUCUCUCUCACGUCUGCAACCUCUCUCUCUCUCUCUCUCUUCUCUCGUCCCUUUCCUCGCUCUGUCUCCCUCCCUCCCCCUCUCUAUCUUGGGUCUCUGUGGCAUCUCCAGACUGCAGGCUCGUAUCACCCAUCGUAUAGCUGAGUUGGAGAACCUCCCUGGCUCUCUGGCUGGAGACCUGAGGACCAAGGCCACCAUCGAACUCAAGGCCCUCCAGCUGCUCAACUUCCAGAGACAGGUAGGCUACUGGCCUGCCCUGCAGAUCACACACAGGACUGUGUUGUACUGUAGCACUCCUUCGUAAAGGUCUACAUGACACUGUCAUUACAAUGACCCUUCAUAAUGGCUACAUAACAUAAGUCCUAUAAACAGUCAUGACUCUUUAACUGUGUUGUACUGUUGUAACUGUCCUGAAAACAUUGGGGACUGUUGAGACCCUCUCCCAUACAGUAUGCCCACACAUGAUGGUGGUGACGAUGAUGAUGAUGCAUUUAUAUACACAUUUGUAAUUUCUCCGGUCUCUUCCAACUUCACAGCUGCGUCAGGAGGUAGUGGUGUGUAUGCGUAGGGACACGGCUCUGGAGACAGCUCUGGACGCUAAGGCGUACAAGAGGAGCAAGCGCCAGUCCCUACGAGAGGCCCGCAUCACAGAGAAACUGGAGAAACAGCAGAAGAUCGAACAGGAGCGCAAACGUCGACAGAAACACCAGGUACACUACCAAAAACUUAGGGCCGGAUUACACCUGUUUCGAGACAAAAAGCUAUUUUCAAUAGAGAUGUUUUGGGAAAAUGCUUUUCGAGGCACAAUGUCAGGUAACGUCCUUCAAGAAGUUUCGAUUAUUUUAACUCCUUUAAUCCUUAAUGAGGAAAUUUGGGAGAAGGAUAUCUCACUAAUAUAUUUCACUCUUUAUAAGUAAUUAGAUACAGUACAUUAUGUUAAUCAGUAGUAGUAGUAGUAGCAGCACCACCACCAAGCCAGCUAGAAAUACUUGCUAUGGGACAGAACUGAAUACUGACUCUCAUCUCUUGUCUGUCUCCAGGAGUAUCUGAGCAUUAUCCUGGCCCACGCCAAAGACUUUAAGGAGUACCACCGCUCCAUCACAGCUAAGAUCCAGAAAGCCACCAAGGCCGUGGCCACGUACCACGCCAACACGGAGCGCGAGCAGAAGAAGGAGAACGAACGCAUCGAGAAGGAGAGGAUGAGGAGGCUGAUGGUGAAGAUCAUUACAUACAGUAUUCUCGUUCACACACUUGUGUUUAUAAAGACACACACACACGUGCAAACACUCCUACUCUUUCACGUACUUACACACUCAUGUGUAUACAAAGACACACACUAACAACGCACAUUACUUUACCCUACUCUUCUCUACUCUCAUUCCCACACACACACUCAUCCGUCUCACAUCAAUGAGUUUUGUGUCUGAUUAUCUCCCCCGUUCUCGCCCUCUCCCUCUCUCUCUCUCCAGGCUGAGGAUGAGGAGGGCUACCGUAAGCUGAUUGACCAGAAGAAGGACAAGCGUCUGGCCUACCUGCUGCAGCAGACGGAUGAGUACGUGGCCAACCUCACUGAGUUGGUCCGGGCUCACAAGCUGGUACAGGCCCUCAAAGAGAAGAAGAAGAAGAAGAAAAAGAAGAAGGUGAGUGAGAGAGAGGAGUGAGUGAGUGAGUGAGUGAGUGAGUGAGUGAGUGAGUGAGUGAGUGAGUGAGUGAGUGAGUGAGUGAGAUGAGAUGGAGAGAGAGAGAGAGAGAGAUGUGACAAAGGAAACAUACACACAUCCAAUAUGUUCAGGUGCUGGACAGAAGGGGACUAAAACGUAUGUCCACGACUGAUUUGCUGAGACGGACACAUGACAGAUGAGGUUUCAAACCAACUGGGAUCUCCUGAGGAAUGUGUGUGUGUAGAUGUGGUUGUGAGCUGUAGUCAGCACUAGUCUCUGUAGGGAGUUUAUAGAGUCAGUGUGUAGAUGUGUUUGUGAGCGUGAUAAACACACUGAUAUGUGGAUGUCUUUCCUACAGAAGCUGGAGAACGCUGAGGGCCAGACUCCUGUACUGGGACCUGAUGGAGAGGUGAGUGGGAUAGUAAACUAACAUACUGGAAUGAUAUAUAACUAUGUUUAGCAGACGCUCGUAUCCAGAGAGACUUACAGUCAUUCUCAUAACCAAUCUACAGUACACUGUUAUAGAUACAUCAGUAUGGUUACCAGUCUGUUACCUGUUGUUAUACAUUUUACAUUUACCUGAUGCUCUUAUCCAGAGAGACAUACAGGAGCAAUUAGGGUUAAGUGCCUUGCUCAAGGGCACAUCGACAGAUUUUUUACCUAGUCGGCUCGGGGAUUAGAACCAGCGACCUUUCGGUUACUGGCACUACGCUCUUAACCACUAAGCUACCUGCCGCUAGACAUAGUAUUUGUCAUAGUCAUGGUUCAGCAGGUAUCUACAUUACCCCACACUAUAAGCAUCAGUAUCCAGUGGCGUUCUGACUCGGUGUCCCCCCCCCCCCUCCAGCCUCUAGAUGAGACGUCCCAGAUGAGUGACCUACCAGUGAAGGUGAUCCACGUGGACAGUGGUAACAUCCUGACAGGGGUGGACGCUCCUAAAGCUGGACAGCUGGACACAUGGCUGGAGAUGAACCCUGGGUACGAGGCUGGAGGAGGAGGAUGAUGAUGAGAUGGGCCUAGAGGGGGUUUAUUGGGGGUUGGGGUAUCUUUUAGAGGGGGUAAAGGAAUGUUUGUGGUUGUAAUGCUGAUAUUUUCUGCUGGUCCAGGUACGAGGUGGCCCCUCGCUCUGACAGUGAAGACAGUGGAUCGGAAGAGGAGGAGGUGGGUUUGGUCUUAAAAGAUAGUACCCAACCAUGAUUCAACUGUUAAUAUAGCGAUUACAGGAUGAAAACGCUACAAAAAGUAGGAACAAAAUCAACUGAAUUGGUUGUGCAGUCAUAAAGACUAGAUUCAUUCCAUACUCUCUCUGUACCAACGCUAUGACCAGUCUGUCUGAGUGGUGAUUGACAGGUUGGCCUGUCAUUGGCCUGUCAGGAGGAAGAGGAGGAGCCCCAGCCGGCGGUGCCUCCAGUAGUGGUCCUCCCAGGGUUAGUGGGGUUAGAGGAGAAGAAGAAGAAGAUCCCAGACCCAGACAUUGAAGAAGUAUCAGAGGUGGACGUACGACACAUCAUAGAGUGAGUACACUACACCAGGGUCCCUAUAGAGUACCAAAGGAUGAGUCAUAAUACCCAUAAAACCUAGCGGUCAAACAGGGAAAUGGUUCCAAUCGUUUUUCCACAAUUCAUUUUUCCCAUCUGGGAUUUUAGAAACACUUAAAAUUAGGGCUGUGUUUCGUGUAAGCUUACCCUGGCAUGACGUUUUGAUAACCGUGUAAAUCUCUCGGACAAGGUGACUUUUGUCAAUAUAUUCCCUUGUAUUUACCCCCCAAAAAUGAAACGCUAAUUAGCUGCUAAUGUAGCUAUCAUAAAGAACUACAAAUGUCAUGAUGAUCUGGACGAGACUGCUGAAUCGAGGCAAAGGUAAGAAUCUCUGGAUUAACUAUCUAAUGUUAGCUAAAUGUAGUAAUGAAUAAAUUGGCUACAUUUCUUUACAUUGACAAUUCUGUGAACUGUCUUGUGCAAGUUUUAUAUUGACACAAUACCUGUUAGCAAAGGUGUCAGCUAGAGAUGAUGUCCAGGAGCUUGCAGGGAUUUGUAGUUUUGCAUGAUGUCUACUUUGAUGCUAAUUAGUAUUUUAGAAUCUCAGAGUAAAUAGAGCCGAAUAUAUUGAUAAAAGUCACCAUGUCCGAGACAGAUUUACAUGGUUAUCAAAACGUCACGCCAGGGUAAGCCUACACAAAACACAGCCCUUAUUUUAUGUGUUUCUAAAAUCACCUAUGGGAAAAAUGAAUGGUGGUAAAACGAUUGGAACCGUUUCCCUGUUUGACUGUUAGGUUUUAUGGGUAUUAUGACACCUCCACUGUGGGGCUCUAUUCUCUACCUUUUUCUCAAUUGUGCGCUUGUGGACUCCUCCACACACAUUGAGACGUGAUCUGACUGAAAUAGUUUGGAAGGGCCCAUAAGUAAGCAUUUAACUGUUAGUCUACACCUGCUGUUUUACGAAGCAAGUGACAAAUUUGCAUGUGAUUUGAAAUGUCCGGUGUAUGAUUCAGGGUUGGUGUCAAAAGAACCGUUGAUUUUCAGUGAGGAAUUGGGUGAACCUCUGACCUUCUCCAAUGUGUUUUGAUGAGGCGGCGAGAAGAAAGGACACAAGGAGAUACAAUUGAGAUUCACCUGUUGUGCACUCCUGCCCACACAUUGGAUUUAUUUAAAUAAGCCAUAAAGACAGAAAUGCCUACAAUUCAGGUUUGGGGUCAAAAGUGCCAUUAAUAUUCAGUGAGGAAUUAACCCUAAUGCUGUUUUGCUGACUUGCUAAGCCUUAUCAAUGACUGAGUACAUUUUCCAGCCAAGGAAAAUAGUGAUAGAAUUAAAAAGAAUAGCACACUUACUUUAUAGGGCUAAUGCCAAUAUGUAAUAAUAAAUAAUGAUACAUUGAAUUUAUAACACGCUUUUCAUUGAAAAACAAUCUCAAAGUGCUACAGUGAUUGCAUUAAAGCCAUUCAGCCACUGAUAUUGUUUCUUCCCUGGUUCCGUCCGUAGGCACGCUAAACAGGAUGUGGAUGAUGAGUAUAACAGUGCAGAGGCAGCGUUCGCUCGGGGACUCCAGUCUUACUACGCUGUGGCCCAUGCUGUCACUGAGAGAGUGGAGAAACAGUCCACUAUACUCAUCAACGGACAACUGAAACAGUACCAGGUGAAGCAGCGCUGACAAGAGGCUGACUAAGCCUGAGAAGUGACAUUUCCUUUCUUAAGUCAUUAGAAGAGACCCAGACCUACCUGUACAAUUCUUUCUGGCUGAAAUGGUCCUUUGUCUUCCUCUCUUGAACUUCCAUCCCUCUCCUUGUCUCUCUCCUCUCUCCUCUCCCUUUACUUGUCUCUCCCUCCCUCCCUCAGAUUAAAGGUCUGGAGUGGCUGGUGUCUCUCUACAACAACAAUCUGAACGGUAUCCUGGCUGAUGAGAUGGGCCUGGGAAAGACCAUCCAGACCAUCGCUCUCAUCACGUACCUGAUGGAGAACAAGCGAGUCAACGGACCUUUCCUCAUCAUAGUUCCGUUGUCGUGAGUACUGUACCGCUCUGCCACGCACGGAGAACCAUGGCUUCAAUUACAAUUCAUCUUUAAAGGGACAUUACACUCCAAAAAUCAAUCACAUGUUUUCAAGAUUCCCAACAUUGGUGGUAUGUUGAGCAACUGUAAGUUUUGUAGAUUCAGCUAUAUGCCACAAUCCAAAAUGAAUGGAAGACAUAAGCUCCACAUCAUUUUCCAGAUUUGCUGUGCUUAUUUUUUCCAUUAAUUUGGGGUUGAGGUACAGUAUAUAGCUGGAUAUACACAACUGAUGGUGUGGGACUUUUGAAGAGUACUGUCCCUUUAAUUGUAACUGUAUUCAUAGUACACUUAACGUGACUGUCAUACAUGAUAUGAUGGAGUACAGUACGCAUGAGAGGGGUACAAUGAUCAGGAGAGAGGGGUGGGUAAGGUUUGGCACGGUCACAUAAUUAAAAAUUAACUAGAAUAGUAAUAUAUACACUACCAGUCAAAGGUUUGGACACAUGCCCGCUUGGAGUUUGGGACGAUGACCCAACACACCUCCAGGCUGUGUAAGGGCUAUUUGACCAAGAAGCAGAGUGAUGGAGUGCUGCAUCAGAUGACCUGGCCUCCACAAUCCCCCGACCUCAACCCAAUUGAGUGAAGGAAAAGCAGCCAACAAGUGCUCAGCAUAUGUGGGAACUCCUUCAAGACUGUUGGAAAAGCAUUCCAGGUGAAGCUGGUUGAGAGAAUGCCAAGAGUGUGCAAAGCUGUCAUCAAGGCAAAGGGAGGCUACUUUGAAGAAUCUCAAAUCUCAAAUAUAUUUUGAUUUUGUUUAACACUUUUUUGGUUACUACAUGAUUCCAUAUGUGUUAUUUCAUAGUUUUGAUGUCUUCACUAUUAUUCUACUAUGUAGAAAAUAGUACAAAUAAAGAAAAACCCUUGAAGGAGUAGGUGUGUCCAAACUUUUGACUGGUACUGUAUGUAUCUAUCUGUAUGGGUACAGUGCUAUUUGUUUGCUUAGGUAAGUUUGGCCCUCUGUUUUCCUCUCUUCUCUCAUUGACAGAACUCUCUCUAACUGGGUGUAUGAGUUUGACAAGUGGGCUCCGUCUGUAGUGAAGGUCUCCUACAAGGUGAGUUGCUAACCUUCCGCCAACUAUAUGGUAACCAUGGUAACACUAAUUACUAGGGGUCCUGAAAUACAGACGUAUGGGCGGCCGUGUGUAAGCCUGUCUAUAAUGUAUAUAUGUGGUCAUUCAAAUCAAAAGUGUAUCACUUGCAGUGAGAACAACAACAAGUAGGCCUAUUAUGAAUACAAAUGUAAAGUCAUGCCAUUCUAGUAAUUAUUAAUUUAAUUAAUUAAUGUCAAGUUAAAUCCAAGUGCCUGUCCUUCAUGUUGUCUCUGUAGGGUUCCCCUCAGGCCAGAAGGGCCUUCAUUCCCCAGCUACGCAGCGGCAAGUUCAACGUUCUCCUCACUACCUAUGAGUACAUCAUCAAGGAUAAACAGGUCCUAGCCAAGGUAACACACACAGACACACAGACAGACACACAGACACACUACCUCCAGCGUGAUUCUGAACAACAAUCACCAUGACCAUUUGACUGAUGACCUAUAUACCCUCUUUCUGUCUUCUCCUACUCCCCACCCCCCCCCCCCCCACCCCUCUCUCUCUCUCUCCUACAUCACUCCCUGCUCCCUCUCCCCCCACAGAUCCGGUGGAAGUACAUGAUCGUGGACGAGGGCCACCGGAUGAAAAACCACCACUGUAAGCUAACCCAGGUCCUCAACACCCACUACCUGGCCCCCAGGAGAGUGCUCCUAACUGGGACACCGCUCCAGAACAAGCUGCCUGAGCUCUGGGCCCUGCUCAACUUUCUCCUGCCCACCAUCUUUAAGAGCUGCAGUACCUUCGAACAGUGGUUCAAUGCACCCUUCGCUAUGACUGGAGAGAAGGUGAGUUUUUUUAGCUGGAAGAGAUGGAGAAAUGCUAUUUAUACUGAACAAAAAUAUAAACGCAACAUGUAAAGUGUUGGUCCCAUGUUUCAUGAGCUGAAAUAAAAGAUCCCAGAAAUGUUCCAUACGCACAAAAAGCUUAUAUCUCUCAAAAUCUUGUGCACAAAUUUGUUUACAUCCCUGUCAGUGAGAAAUUCUCCUUUGCUAAGAUAAUCCAUCCACCUGACAGGUGUUGCAUAUCAAGAAGCUGAUUAAACAGCAUGAUCAUUACACAGGUGCACCUUGUGCUGGUGACAAUAGAAGGCCAUUCUAAAAUGUCACACAACACAAUGCCACAGAUGUCUCAAGAUUGAGGGAGCGUGCAAUUCGCAUGCUGACUGCAGGAAUGUCCACCAGAGCUGUUGCCAGAGAAUUUAAUGUGCAUUUUUCUACCAUAAGCUGCCUCCAACGUCGUUUUAGAGAAUUUGGCAGUACGUCCAACCGGCCUCACGACCACAGACCAUGUGUAACCACGCCAGCCCAGGACCGCCACUUCGGCUUCUUCACCUGCGGGAUCAUCUGAAGGGGUGCUGAGGAGUAUUUCUGUCUGUAAUAAAGCCUUUUUGUGGGGAAGCACUGGCUCCCCAGUAGGUGCGCCCUUGCCCAGUUAUGUGAAAUCCAUAGAUUAGGGCCUAAUUUAUUUAUUUCAAUUGACUUAAAGCUCAGUAAAAUCGUUGAAAUUGUUGCAUGUAGGCAUUUUAUAUUUUAGUUCAGUUUAAAUUCCAUGUUGUUAAAGGGAUAAUUUAUGAUAUUCCGUGGGCCACAUUUAAUUGGCUCAUCUGUCCCGCGGGCUGCCAGUUGCCCAUCACUGCUACGCACCUUGUAUACAUUUCUGUUUAUGAAAUUAAAUAAUAUAUAACUUGGUUCUCUUCUCUCCAGGUGGAUCUAAAUGAAGAGGAGACCAUCCUGAUUAUCCGUCGCCUCCACAAGGUGCUCCGCCCCUUCCUGUUACGCAGGCUCAAGAAGGAAGUAGAGGCUCAGCUACCGGAAAAGGUAUAGUACAUCUCUCCAUCUUCACAUAACUUUUAAAUACAAACUCAUGUUCACAGACAAUGCUUUCUUCAAUAUCUUGUCCAUUUGGUGUCCUCUUACCUAUGCUCUCAGGUAUUUUUCAGCUGACUGUGUUUGUAUAAUAUCUCCAUUCUGUGGUAUUAAUUGAUUGACUCUCUCUCGCUGUCUGUCUGUCUGUCUGUCUGUCUGUCUGUCUGUCUGUCUGUCUGUCUGUCUGUCUGUCUGUGUCUCUCUCUCUCUCUCCCUCCAGGUGGAGUAUGUGAUAAAGUGUGAUAUGUCAGCGCUCCAGAGGGUUCUGUACAGACAUAUGCAGGCCAAAGGAGUCCUACUGACAGACGGCUCUGAGAAGGACAAGAAGGUGAGGAGGAAUAACUAAAGUUCUUUGUCCAAAAAGUGUAAAAGAUGCACUUUUUUUUAGCUAAUAUUCUUUAUAUAUGAACAUGUGUAAGUUGUCAGAAGCUUUUUGAUUACAUUGCAAGGUGAAACAAUUAUAAAAUGUACAAGGGAGUAUUAGUUUUGUUUCCAGACCUUUGUUUUAAAAACAUCCUCACAUGCCUCACUUCCAUUAAUUCUUAGCUUGUGGUGGCUAGAGUUUGCUAAAGUUCGAAGUUGCAGUUGAAAGAAAACAGAACAAUUGAUUACAGUUUCCCCAGGUCCAUACAGUGGAUUCGGAAAGUAUUCAGACCCCUUGACUUUUUCCACAUUUUGUUACAUUACAGCCUUAUUCUAAAAUGGAUUAAAUUACAUUUUUCCCUCAUCAAUCUACACACAAUACCCCAUAAUCACAAAGCGAAAACAGGAUUUUAGAAAUGUUUGCAAAUGUAUUAAAAAUAAAAAACAGAAAUACCUUAUUUACAUAAGUAUUCAGACCCUUUGCUAUGAGACUCGAAUUUGAGCUCAGGUGCAUCCUGUUUCCAUUAAUCAUCAUUGAGAUGUUUCUACAACUUGAUUGGAGUCCACCUGUGGUAAAUUCAAUUGAUUGGACAUGAUUUGGAUGGGCACACACCUGUCUAUAUAAGGGCCCACAGUUGACAGUGCAUGUCAGAGCAAAAACCAAGCCAUGAGGUCGAAGGAAUUGCCCAUAGAACUUCGAGACAGGAUUGUGUCGAGGCACAGAUAUGGCGAAUGGUACCAAAACAUUUCUGCAGCAUUGAAGGUCCCCAAGAACACAGUGGCCUUCAUCAUUCUUAAAUGGAAGAAGUUUGGAACCACCAAGACUCUUCCUAGAGCUGGCCGCCCUGCCAAACUGAGCAAUCGGGGGAGAAGGGCCUUGGUCAGGGAGGUGACCAAGAACCCGAUGGUCACUCUGACAGAGCUCCAGAGUUCCUCUGUGGAGAUGGGAGAACCUUCCAGAAGGACAACCAUAUCUACAGCACUCCACCAAUCAGGCCUUUAUGGUAGAGUGGCCAGAUGGAAGCCAGUCCUCAGUAAAAGGCACAUGACAGCCCGCUUGGAGUUUGCCAAAAGGCACCUAAAGGACUCUCAGACCAUGAUAAACAAGAUUCUCUGGUCUGAUGAAAUCAAGAUGGAACUCUUUGGCGUGAAUGCCAAGCGUCACAUCUAGAGGAAACCUGGCACCAUACCUACGGUGAAGCAUGGUGGAGGCAGCAUCAUUCUGUGGGGAUGUUUUUCAGCGGCAGGGACUGGGAGACUAGUCUGGAUCAAGGGAAAGAUGAACAGAGAAAAGUACAGAGAUCCUUGAUGAAAACCUGCUCCAGAGCGCUCAGGACCUCAGACUGGGGCGAAGGUUCACCUUCUAACUGGACAAUGACCCUAAGCACUCAGCCAAGACAACGUAGGAGUGGCUUCGGGGACAAGUCUCUGAAUGUCCUUGAGUGGCCCCGACUUGAACAUGAUCGAACAUCUCUGGAGAGACCUGAAAAUAGCUGUGCAGCGACGCUCCCCAUCCAACCUGACAGAGCUUGAGAGGAUCUGCAGAGAAGAAUGGGAGAAACUCCCCAAAUACAGUUGUGCCAAGCUUGUAGCGUCAUACACAAGAAGACUCGAGGCUGUAAUCGCUGUCAAAGGUGCUUCAACAAAGUACUGAGUAAAGGGUACUGAGUUUAUGUAAAUGUAAUUGUUCAGUUUUUUUUUUUUUAUAAAUGUGCUAACAUUUCUAAAAACCUGUUUUUGCUUUGUCAUUAUUGGGUAUUGUGUGAAGAUUGAUAAGGGGAAAAAAAAACAAUUUAAUCCAUUUUAGAAUAAGGCUGUAACGUAAAAAAAUGGGGAAAAAGUAAAUGGGUCUGAAUUCUUUCCGAAUGCACUGUAUACUAUUUUCAGGGUGAGGAACCAUCUAACAUCAAGUUGUAAAAUCCUGAACUACUCCUUUAAUAUCGGUGUGUCUAUUGUAGGGCAAAGGAGGCACCAAGACUCUCAUGAACACCAUCAUGCAGCUGAGGAAGAUCUGUAACCAUCCCUACAUGUUCCAACAGAUAGAGGUACAGUGGGAAUACAUACACACACACAGAUAGAGGUACAGUAGGAAUAAACAAACAUGCGCGCGCAACACACACACACACACACACACACACACACACACACACAGAUAGAGGUACAGUACAUACAGUGGGAGUAUAUUUUCUAUUGAUGAACUAACCCCACCACAAUUCUGAAUUUGUUCACAGGAAUCUUUCUCAGAGCAUUUAGGAUUUUCCGGAGGGAUAGUGAGUGGGUAAGUGCAUAAGUCGAUUGAGAAAAGAUAAUUCUCACAACAACGACCAGAAAUGCUUUCAAUCUAUUGGCUUGGUUGUGUUCUCUCUCUGCCCCUAGUCUUGAUCUGUACCGAGCCUCAGGGAAGUUUGAGGUGCUGGAUCGUAUCCUGCCCAAGCUGAGGGCCACCAACCACAAGGUGUUGUUGUUCUGUCAGAUGACCUCCCUCAUGACCAUCAUGGAGGACUACUUCACCUACCGCAACUUCAAGCACCUGCGUCUGGACGGUACGGUGUGUGUGUGUGUCUAGGUAUCAGAACUCGGUUCAAAUAGUUACUUGGCGUCUUUCUAAUACAUGCCUGGUGCAAUGGAACAAAGGGUACAAACCCCACCAAUCUGGGAUUCCAUUAAGGCUCAAUCAUACACCCAAAGGAUUUUAGAGUCUAGAAAAUAUAUACUUAUUGAACCCAUGUCUGCUAGGCAAAUGAUACAAAAUCUAAGUUCGGAUUUCUGUCUCUCUUAGUUGCUGUGUUUUAUUCAUCUCCCCUCCGCUUCCUCCCUCCCCCUCUCCCCUCCUCUCUCCCUCCGCCCUCCUGCCCCCUCUCCCUCCAGGCACCACCAAAGCAGAGGACAGGGGCAUGCUGUUGAAGGCGUUUAACGACCCGGCCUCCCAGUACUUCAUCUUCCUGCUCAGUACCAGAGCCGGGGGGCUGGGCCUCAACCUGCAGUCAGCUGACACCGUGGUCAUCUUCGACUCUGACUGGAACCCUCACCAGGUAGGGAGGAGUAACACACACACAAUCUCGUAAGGGAUUGACUGGAACCCACAGCAGGUACACUUGGAAUGUUGGUUGUUGAAGUCAUAUUUUAACAUUACUUGAGUGAAUAUUCAGUUAGAAGUACAAAAUAGCCCACUAAACUUGCUAUGUUAGUAUUGACAUGCCACCAUGGGCCAGAUCCUAACUGAAUCAUUGCUAGCCAUCGGGAUUUGAACUACGAAUGUCUAACGAUUCAGCCCAAGUUAGCCUACCAUAUUCUAACCAUCUCUCCCUCUCCUCCCUCUCUCUCCAGGACCUGCAGGCCCAGGACCGUGCGCACCGCAUUGGCCAACUGAACGAGGUCCGCGUCCUGCGUCUCUGCACCGUCAACUCCGUAGAGGAGAAGAUCCUGGCCGCAGCCAAGUACAAACUCAAUGUGGACCAGAAGGUCAUCCAGGCUGGCAUGUUUGACCAGAAGUCAUCAAGCCACGAGCGCCGGGCUUUCCUGCAGGCUAUCCUGGAGCACGAGGAACAGGACGAGGUCGGGGCCCCGGGGGGGGUGUGGAAGUCUGGGGGGCCUUGGGUGGGUGUGACCGACGAAAGCCCGGAACACCCACACAAUCAGAAUACCCACGCUGCCCACUGACACACCUACCUCUGUCUGUUGUAUUGUUCUUACCGCGUUCUCUUUUUCCAUCCAUUGUACAUCUCUCUCUCUCUCUCUCUCUCUCUCUCUUUCUUUCUUUCUUUCUUUCUUACUUUCAAUCCCUCUUUCUUUUCACCGCUCUCUUUUUCUCACAUAUUUUGUCCCUUAUGUUUUUGUCUUAGGUGGACAGACAAUAUGUAGUGGUAUUUGAUCUACACUUCUUUUGCAUGCUAAUACUGUUUUAAAGACUUUACAUGUACUGUACAUAACAUGUUGUAUAUGCAUGUAUAUUGACCCAUUCCUUGGUGAUGUUACGGGGCUCUUCUUUACUGAGUGGUGGAGUAGAUAGCCUGGUCCCAGACCUGUUUGUUCUGUCUGACAACUCCUAUUGUCAUUGUCAUUGGUCAUAUGGUCACGAACCAGGCUAGAGUGGAUAGAGAAACGACUAGAGGCUAUAGCUUUGCUCAUGUCCUCCUGUCCCCCUGUCCUGCUGUGUGUUGUCUGUCUGUCCAUUGAUGUGUGUUUGACCGCUCAGGAGGAGGACGAGGUGCCAGACGAUGAGACGGUCAACCAGAUGAUCGCCAGGAGCGAGGAGGAGUUUGACCACUUCAUGGUUAGUUAGUGUCUGUUGGUCAUCAUGGUAAUUUCUCUGGGUCAAUAUGUCGAGGGCCAGUCCAGUAUCUAUACACACACCUUUGUUUCCUCUCUUUCUCCUCUCCUCCUUUCUCCUCCCUCUACCUCUGUCCCAUCCUCUGUUUUCUCUGUCUUCUCCUCUCUCCUGUCUUUAUAUCCUCCCCCUCUCCCCCUCCAGCGUAUGGACCUGGACAGGCGGCGUGAGGACGCUCGUAACCCCCGCCGUAAGCCCCGUCUGAUGGAGGAGGACGAGCUGCCCACCUGGAUCAUGAAGGAUGACGCGGAGGUGGAGAGACUCACCUGUGAGGAGGAGGAGGAGAAGAUGUUCGGGAGGGGGUCCCGCCAGCGCAAGGAGGUGGACUACAGCGACUCACUCACCGAGAAGCAGUGGCUCAAGGUUAGAGGUCAGGGGUCAGGGGUUAAAUGACACUCUGGGAUUGGUGUAUACGUAUGGGGAUUUUCUUGGAUUUGAUUUGUUUUCAUUUGAUGUUGUUUAUUAAGUGACAAGGUGCUCAUCAUGUGUUUCCCUCCCUCUCCCUCUCCCUCUCCCUCUCCCUCUCCCUCUCCCUCUCCCUCUCCCUCUCCCUCUCCCUCUCCCUCUCCCUCCCUCCCUCUCCCUCUCCCUCUCCCUCUCCCUCUCUCUCCUCCUCUCUCCCGUCUCCCUCCUCCCUCUUCACCUCUCCCUCCUCACCCUCCUCUCUCUCCUCCUCCUCUCUUCGCCCUCCCUCCCUCUCUUUCUCUCUCUCUCUCUAUCUCUCCCUCCCCUCCUUCUCUCUCCAGGCCAUUGAGGAAGGUACAUUAGAGGAGAUCGAGGAGGAGGUGCGUCACAAGAAGACCACCCGGAAGCGAAAGCGUGACCGCGAUGACCUCCCUGGCCCCUCCUCUUCCUCCUCGGGGGGCAGGCGGAGCCGGGACAAGGACGAGGACGGGAAGAGACAGAAGAAAAGGGGACGCCCCCCCGCAGAGAAACUCUCCCCCAACCCCCCCGCUCUCACCAAGAAGAUGAAGAAGAUAGUGGACGCUGUUAUUAAAUACAAGGACAGGUAAGACUGGGUCUAGUAUUCUCUUUAGCUUGCUUUACAAUUUGGACUUACAUGUUGGUUGGAGCUAGCCUGGGUACCAGUCUGUUUGUGCCAUCAUGCCACUCCAAACAUGUUUGGGACCAGGCUAGGUUGGAACAAGGUGCUUGCAAGACUGAUUCCCAUAUGGGCCACAACAUACUGCAAACUGAAUCUCAGUGUAACUGCUGUGUAACACCAGUACUAUGGGUACUAACAUUAGUAUCUCUGGUGAUGUCUUUCACAGUAGUAAUGGUCGUCAGCUAAGUGAGGUCUUCAUCCAGCUGCCCUCACGCAAAGAGCUGCCAGAGUACUACGAGCUCAUCCGCAAGCCUGUCGACUUCAGGAAAAUCAAGGUAAAUUAAUACAUACACAUGCAUACUGUACAUACACCUCACACACACUCUCAUUAUCAUCUUCCCUCUAAUCUCUCUCUCUCUCUUUCUCUAUCUAUCUAUCUAUCUCCCUCCCUCCCUCCCUCCCUCCCUCUCCUGUCUGUCCCUCCUGUAGGAGAGGAUUCGUAGCCACAGAUACCGUAGUCUAGGAGACCUGGAGAGAGAUGUGAUGCUACUCUUUCAGAACGCACAGACCUUCAACCUGGAGGGAUCACUGGUGAGACACACACACACUUUAUACCGGAAUGAGUACUGACACACAAGUACACAACAACACAAACAGAUCGAUAACCAUAGAUGUAACAAUAGAUUACAUAAGUGAAUGACUUAGUGUGUUUAUCGACUUUAACUCACAUCGUCCAGUAACUGCAUAAGAGAUGUUGUUUACAGUAGUUGUAACAGCUCUUCCUAUAUGCACUCUUGUUACUUUAUAAGAAUGAAUCAAGGGACCAGUCCUUUUUUUGAUCAACUUUUUAUUUGUAUGUUUUGAAGCAGAUUAAGGCUGAAUACCAAUAAGCAGUGGACCAAAUAACAAUACCAUUGUUAGAACAUGUCCAACUGCAUCUGUGCAUGAGCCAAAUAUAGCUACAUCGGUCUAUCGUCUGAUUGCUGCCUUGUUCCCAGAUCUACGAGGACUCCAUCGUGCUCCAGUCAGUGUUCACCAGUCUGAGACAGAAGAUCGAGAAGGAGGAGGACAGCGAGGGAGAGGACAGUGAGGAAGAGGAGGAGGACCUGGACGAAGGCUCCGAGUCAGAGUGUGAGUCAUCACUGAAGAAAGGAAGGAAGGAAGGAAGAAAGAAGAAAUAUAGAGAGAAAGAAAGAAUGAAUGAAAGACAGAGAGUGUUGAUCCUAUGGUGUGUGUGUGUGUGUGUGUGUAUGAUAUGAAUCUGUGUGUGUCCGUCCUCCAGCCCGCUCAGUGAAAGUGAAGAUCCGUCUGGGACGGAGAGAGAAGAGCAGUGACCGGGGAAAGGGUCGGAGACGUAUGGGACGCACCCGAGCCAAACCUGUAGUCAGCGACGACGACACUGAAGAGGAGCAGGAAGAGGUGAGAGGAGAGGUGUGUGUGUGUGUUUUUACCUUCCAUCUUCGAUGUUUUGUUUUAUGAUCCUCAGCUAAAUGUGUUGCAGAUAUUGUGCAUGACACCCAGAAAUAUUCCCCCUUAUUUCUCUCUUUAUAUUUCUGUCUCUCUUUCUUCUCAUGUCCCACCUCUCACAGGAGCGCUCCCCCAGUGGCACUGAUGAAGAAUCCUAAAUGGAAACUAGCUACAUACUCCAUGGUCCAACACUACUUCCACUAUUACCAGGUUUUGUUCAACUCCAUUUCACCUUGA